AUGCCACUACAGUUGCUACUGCUUUUGCAAUUGAGCCUCCUGUCAGUCGCUUCAGUUGGAGCUCGAGAAUUGCAAGAAGCCCGAUGUACAGUAUGCCCUGAUGGUUCUCCCAUUUCAAAUCCAACGGGAGAGCUGCAUGUCCCAGUAUCGACAGCGUGCGGUUGUCCUUCGCAAGCGACUAACCCCUGUCAGCUCUGCGGCGAUGGCAACCAAGUACCAGAGUCAAAACAAGAGCUUCCGCUUUCUUAUUUGGACGAGAGCGUCAACUACGAAGGCGUGAACUGUAAACUGCUGCAAACCUAUUUCAAUUCGUCCAUCGAAUCAGACGAUCUAACAUGCCAAUUGAGUCAGGCUUGGACCAAGGAGUAUUGUUGCAGCGCUGAUGAAUGGGUUCCUCCUUCUAAUCCCUGCCCCAUUUGCGUGCAGAGUCCUAAUGCUACCAUCGAAUUAGGAGAAUCACUGACCUGCGAACAAGUUCAGGAAGCGGCAGCGACAUUGUGGGAAGAAUCGGAUCCGAAUUGCGCCCAAGUGCAAAGUGUCACUGGGCCCGUGUGUGGAUGUAACGAUAGUGGAGGAUCCUCCGCUGGCGAAGAUAUUCCCAUGUGCACUCUGUGCAAAGAUGCGAGCAGCGUCACGACGCCCGACAAACUAGUUCCCUUCAUGGCGGAUCGGUUCUUUGGAAUUGAACCCACCUGUCAGCAAUUGGAAGCAGCGACAAGUGCCUUGGCGAUGGACUCUCAAGACUGUGCAGAUGCCCAAUUGAUUGGCAGCUAUUGUGGAUGUCCUUCUGUAGAGAAUGGCUGUGUUUUUUGUCCAAAGGCCGGAGAAGCCAUUACCACUCCGACUCGCAAGCACAGCAAUACGCUGAAACGCUAUGGUCAAGAUGUAACCUGCGAGCAAGUGGAAGCUGUGUUGCUACAGUUCUCACAAGAUUCCGAAGAAUGUUUCUUGGGGCAGGAGCACAACUGGGAGUGUGGUUGUAACGAUGGGUUCUAUGGAUACCUGGGGGCCGAAUCGAGAUCCGAUAUUCUAGCGUUACACUGGGCCGCGCGAGUAUCUGGUAUUCUGUCUUUGAUGGGUUCCCUCUUUAUAUUCCAAGACUUUAUCCGUGGCAAGAGCAAGAAGAAUUUGUAUCGACAAAUCAUGUUUUUGAUGUCAAUGUUUGAUUUCACCACCGCCAUGGGAUGGGUGAUUGGUGCUGCACCCGUACCGACAACUGAUCUGAAUGGAUUUGAUUCCAACGUUGUGGGUGCUUCCGGCAACGACGGUCUCUGCACAGCACAAGGAUUUUUUGUCAUGCUUGGAUAUGGGAGUGGAUUCUUCAACAACUCAUUGUCGAUAUAUUACGUCUUGGUGGUUGUCCAUGGUUGGAAAGAAUAUCAAUUGAAAAAGGCUCGCCCAUACUUGUUAAUAGUGCCAGUUAUCUGCGCUAUGGUUUUGGCGUUUGGUGGCAUUCCGUUCUACGGUUCGAUCUGGGUAGGCUGCUGGAUGCUGCCAAGACCGUACGCAGACGAUUGGAGUGCCUUUGGAUUCUCUUUUGCACCUAUUGUCCUUACGUUUGUUUUUUCUACAGUCUGCCAGAUCCGAGUCUACUGGAGUGUGCGGACAACUGCUCGCAAGGCCCAACAGUGGAGCAUGCAUCAUCGGCUUAAGUAA